UCUCUCUCCCCACGUACAUAGGACAGGAGUCUCCUGUGGGGUCAACAAACGCUGCCGCUUCUAGUUUCACUCACGGGCCUUGUUGUCCUCAUCGAUCAUUGCGAGCGUGAACCCUAGCGCGCACUGCGGCGGCGCCAACGAAUCCGACGAUGAAGGGGAGAGCAGGGAGCAAGAGGGCGAAGGGGAGAGGCAACAGAGGUUCGCGUGGCGGUGGGAGAGGGACGCAGCCGGGUCGUGGCGCUGGGAGUGGGGGGAGAGGGACGCCGGGUGAGGGUGAGGACACCGGCACGCCGCCGCAAGCUGCCAAUGUCGGCGGGGACACAGCGCUGGAGCCGGCGGUUCCCGCGACGACUUCAAGUUCCGCGGUUUCUGAGGUCAUGUUUGGUUCGUUUGCUUGUACUAUCACUGCUCUGAACACAUCGCCAAGACAGGGGUCGCCGGGGUUCAUCUUAUCAACAGCAGCGCCAGCAAACACCCCCACCCCCGCCACUGGGCAUGUGCAAAGCCCGGCAUCCCCACCGCAGCCCUCAACAGCAGCGCCAGCAAACACCACCCCCAUCCCCGCCGCUGGACAUGUGCAAAGCCCGGCAUCCCCACCGCAGCCCUCAACGGCAGCGCCAGCAAACACCACCCCCAUCCCCGCGGCUGGACAUGUGCAAAGCCCGGCAUCCUCACCGCAGCCCUCGCCACCACCGCUCUUCUUAACGCCUCCAUCUUCCAGCCCGCCGUCGUAUUUGAGUACAGCGCAAACGAGUCAACAUCUCCCAACUGCUAACGGCUUCCUGAGCUACAUGGAGAGAUACUGCUGCGAUGUGCCUUCACAGUUAUGGAAAUACGGAUCAUUUCGUCUGGUGAUAAAAUUUGUCGACCUCAAAAGAAACGACAAGAGCCUGGCGUACACCAUCUGCAACUGCAACAGUCAGCAACGUCACAGUUUGGGUCUUUAUUUGAAGUCAGCCGUGAGAAGAUUCUUCCUACAACCGUUCAGUGAUCUUAAUUUGAGAGAAAAAAGAUACACCGAACAACAGCUGAGGGAGAAAUUAGCCCAAGAUACGGUUUUCGCAGUGGAAGGGAUGCCCCAAAGCAUAUGCCCAUUGGAUGCAUUUUUGCAGAGUAAGGUCAGUAAAAUGAUAGAUGUAAACUUGGUAGGCAAAUACCAAGGUACAAUUGUGAAGCCCUAUACGUGGAAGGUUGCCAACCUGGAGGAAAAAGGACGACACACAUACAGUUUUAUCAUCAAGUAUCUCACGGACAGCCAUAAGAAUGGUCAUUGCUGGAACGGAGAGUGGUCAAUUAAGGACUGGGAAGUCAUCAACUCCAUGAAGGUAAACAAGCAUUGGGAAAUUACCCCAUUAACUGAGUUUAGGUUAUGCAAACCUCCCUCAGCAUAUGACAUGUCAUCUGGGCUGAAUGAUUUGCUGGCAGUCGUACAUAAGCUCAUUCCAGUGUGUCAUUUCUCGGCGCCAAAACAAUUUCUUCACAACCCCCCAUCUCCGGGGUCUGCAAAGUUAAACAAGAUCUAUAAACCAGUAUUCUGCCAGAACUUCGUGGACGAAAUAGAAAACAUGUCUCUGGAGGUUAAUUCCAUAGCUCAAGUUAACUCAAUCCCAGCAGCUGGCCAAGUCCCUCCAACCAAAGAGGAAUACGAUGAAUGGGUUGUUACUGUUCUUCACCACCCUUUCCUCAUGCACUAUCUCGCCAGUUCAAAUCUGGAGGUUGAGUGGUAUUACGAGAUUAAGAACCAGAAACUUCAUAGAGAGCAUUCUUGGAGAAAAGUUCUUUACGAUACCUUCCAUCCGGUGCUGCAUUCUCAGGCCAUGGGGCCCCCACCCCCAUGGACAGAUGUUUUUAUGGCACCAGAUUGGAAUAACCAAACACAUGAAGCGUUGGAUAAAGUUUUUUGGUUUGGCCGUAUCCGUUUGGAUGUGGACCCCUCGGACCCCAAAAAGCCGCAACCCUUUUUGAACAAUGUUAGAGAUGCAAAUAAGUACCACCGGAUGGUGAUCCAUCAUGGCAUGGACCAUACAGAAUUGAACCAAAAACAGAGUUUGAAGCAAUUCAAGUUAGAAUUGGCAAUGUUAGCGGCGGUGCAAGACGAAAAUCGGUUGCCUCGAAUGAUAAAGUUGAUGUUUAAGCAUAAGAAGAUCAAUGUUGACGAGUUUCAAAGAGAAUGGAAGAUCUACGUCGCCACUCGUACUGUGAUUUUUAACUAACAUUUUAAUAUUAUGAUGACUUCCAGUCCUUCUUAGUAAAGGUUCCAACGCAAACAGGUUGGUCAUGAUUGUAGACAGGAUGUCAUCGCUCUCCCAGUUUUUUCUCUACAGAGGGACAUAGUUGAAGCUAUCGGAUUAAACUCUCUAUCUAUUUCCUGAUUGCGUCUUGCCCACUGGACGAGAGCGAGGCAUAAUUGAGUUCUCGCCCGCGUGUUGAGCAACAUUUUGUGAGAUGGGCCGAUUGUCAGCUUCAUGACUUUGAUUCUCUGUCAAAGAUGGUUGAUCCUUCUAUUCGCGGAGAGUUUUCUGAAAAGAAAGUGUUGUCAGUGCACUCAGUACCGCCCUAGGAGGCGCGCCCCAGCAACUAGUUAUCAGAAUAGCACAACAGUAACAAUCAUGCGGGUAGUAUGUUUAUUUUCUAUCGAAUAUCUUGAUUGCAGCAGAAAACUCUGCACAAACAAAGGAUUAAAUUUCAGGCUUAAUGAGUUGGUCAUAAUUUUAGGGAAUGAACAAGGUUGAAUAAAACCUAAUCCACCAGGUUUGAGCAAUGACAAAGCACGAACAACUGACAAGCAGAUGACACGCAGAGUUCAAAACAGGUGCUAGUGAUGAGACCCCAUAGCUAACAUUAAUCUUAAGCGACACCCAAGUGAAUCCGUUAGCAUCUUGCUAAACAAAAGACACAGGAUAAUCUAAGUGUGCACAAAUGUCAAGCAGCCAAAAGGCAUCAGAUAGUCCAAUCA